CGUGUAACGUCUAUCAUUUAUUAUAUGCGUGAGGGAAACAACGGAUUAUGGUGCAUGUGAAUCCUACCUUCGUCACAUGAGAAGCUGAACUGUUGGACUGGAUGCUAGCUGUGUACAAGGUGGGGUGGCAGUAGUGGUCAUGGAGAUGGCAUUGCUAAUGGUGCUUUGUGUUAUCAAGACAGAACUUGGACUGCUGCCACACGAGUAGAUAUUAAAAAAUGAGCACCACCGCAGAGAGGAAGUUCCUCAGUCUGAGGAGACGUCUGGAUCAGUUGGGGUACCGUCAGCCACUGGGCAUCGAGACGUUACCACUGGUCGAACAACUAUUUAGUGAUAUGAUACACACAACCGAGAGUUUGCGCAAUGCCAAACUUUCUGCUGGGAAAACUGAAAAAGAAGGCAGAAACUUUGACGCUUUACUGGAACCAUACAAGACCGACAAUGCCCGGGUGGUCAAGGAGAACAACGAGCUGCACCUCGCCCUUCUCAGGUUAAAAGAGGACAAGGACCGUGUUUUUAGAGAGCUCAAGUCACAUGUCCGAAAACAGGAGAACGACACCACUGACCUGAAGUUCCUAAACAACCAGUACGUGCACAAGGUGCGCUGCCUGGAGAAGGACAGUAAGACCAAGUCUGAACGCAUUCAGCAGCUACAAGAGAAGAACAUGCAAGCUGUGGUACAGACACCAGGAACAGAUUUGUUCCAUUUGAUAGGUGGGAAGAAGCGCAGCAUCCCUUUCAGACGCCAGAGAAUGCAGAUAGACGAGCUCACACCUCCGCCUGCCACCUCUGCAUAUCCCGUGCCACAGCCAGACGAUCCCUACAUCGCUGACCUGCUGCAGAUGGCAGACAUGAGGAUUCAGGAGCUCCAGGAAGAAAUCAUGAUGGUCAAACUGGAUCUGGAAAAGUCCCAGGACUGUAUGGAGCAGCUGAACCAGCAGAUACAAGGGAGUGAUAAAGAGGUUCAGCGUCUGAACCACGCCCUUAGCGGGGGACGCCCUCACAAUGUCCUCUCCCUAGAGGCCCAGAAUGUCAGCAAUGAGAAAAUGAUUGCCCACCUUAACCUGCAGAUAGAGUACCUGCAGGCGGCCAACAGCUCCAUGGAGCAGAAGGUGGAGGCAGCGCAGCAGAGGAAGCAGGACGCCUCCAGCGAGUUUGCCGACCUGUCGGUGAAGAACCAUGAGCUGUGCCAGGAGCUCAGCCACAUCGACCACCUGGCCAAGCAGCUGGAGAUGGACAAGGAGCUGGCUCUGCAGAAGGCCCACCAGGAGCUGCAGGAGGCCCAGAAGGAAAUUCAGAGGCAUCAGAACACCAUCGAAGACCUCAAGAAUGUCAUCCAAACAAUUAGAAGGGAUCAGACUAAGGGGGACUAUGAAAGGAACCAUCUGAGUGACCAGCUGGUAGAAGUACAGCAGCAGAGAGACCAGCUGGAGGGUCUGGGGAACUUCAUGGAGCAAGACAAAGCCAGGCUUCAGGACAAAUUAGAGAAAAUGACAGCAAACGACAGAGAGCUAAUGCUGGAACUGGAGACCAUGCGCGCCAAGCACGGCAUCUGCAGGAAGGAGCGCUCUCCGUCCCGCCUGGACGCCUUCGUCAGGAGCUUAGAGGAAGAGAGAGACCACUACCGGAAGGUGGCAGAGCACUAUAAGAGGGUCCGCCGACCAGAAAGCCUGAGCCUCAGCCCCAUCCGGAGCCCAGGCCAGGAGUCAAGCCCCAACUCCAGGAGGCGAAGGAGCCCUGGGGAGGCAGAGUUAGUGCGCGUUGCGAAGGAGCGAGACGAUCUGAAGAGCAUUCUUCUGGGAAUCGAGCGGCACAUGGAGGACAUCCAGACGGACGUACAGGCUCUCCGUGUAGAAAGAGACCAGCUCAAGGCUCAACUCAAGCAGCAGCAGGAGGAGCUAGGGAUAGGCCGUAGCGCUGUGGGGGCUCCUGAUGAAAUCUCGCGGCUAAGGAAGGAGAGGGAAAAGGCAGACUCUGAGCUCCAGCUGGUCACCUCAGAGAGAGACGUCCUCAUGGAACGCUUUAAGGUUUCCCAGAGUGCAACUCUGACAGAGAGACGGCAGGAUGAAAGGAGGAUUGAAGAGCUCGAGAAUAACAUCAAGAGUUUGGAGCAGGAGCGGCGGGAGCUGCGUUCUCAGCUGCUGGUUUUGAAGGAGAAUAGGGAGGCGGAGGAGGAGGAGCUCCAGACACGCUCAAGAGCUCUGGUCCACACUGCAGAGGAGCUGGCCCAACACAGGGCUGAGAGCAGCAAUCUCAGGCUGCUGCAGGACCAGAUGGAGCACUUGCUGUCCGACGUCCAACGAAGACUGUCGGUCAAAACCAAUGAGCUCCAUGCAACCCAGAUGCACAUCACACAACUGGAGGAGAGACUAGGGGUGCUGAGUGGCGUGGUCUCCUCCCACAAGGAGGAGGUGGCUGCUCUUCACAAGUCCAUCACCGCCUUGGACCAGGAGAAGGACACCCUGCAGGACGAGGUAGACCUCAAGACCGAGAGGCUGGUGAAGCUCCAGGAGGAGCUGGCCAGGAAGGAAGAGCCCCUGGAGGAUCUCAGAAUCACAGUCACAAACAUGGACAACUCUCUAAGGCAGCUGAAGGGCUGUGUGGGCAGUCGGGACAGGGAAUUAGCCAGCCUGAGGAGACAGCUGGACUCAGCUCAGGGGGAGGUGGUUGAGCACGGCCGAGCCAAGGACAUGGUGGUCCGGGAGAACCGGAGGCUGCAGGAGGACCUGGCCACCUUGACCCGGGAGAACCAGACCUUGCACGCGGAGAUGGAGGAGGCCAUGCACGAGAAAGAUGAGCUCAAGUCCAGAGUUCUCUCUUACAUCUCUGAGGUGGCCAGAAUCGAGAAACUGAUUACUACCAAGGAGCAGGAGAGCCAGGAUUUGCUAGAGCGGUUCCGCCUGGCACACACAACGCUGGAGGAGCGGGAUCAGAAGCUCCAGCAGGCCCAAGGCUUAACCAGCUCCAUCCGGCUGGAGCUGCUCUCCUCCGACACAGAGCGCAGACACCUCCGCCAGACCAUCAGCCACCAGGAAACAGAGAUCCAGCAGCACAUGCACGCCCUGCAGGCCUACGAUGCCCAGGUGUCCUCGCUGGCCCGAGGCAUGGCCCGCCUGGAGGAGGACCUGAAGGGGGCACAGGAGGAGAAGGCAGCCCUGCUCUCGGACCUGGCCUCCGUCAGGGAGCUCUGUGUCAAGCUGGACUCUGGCAAAGAGCUGACGGCCUGCCACCUCACCUCCAAAAGCAUGGAGCUGGAGCGGCUGACCGGAGAGCUUGAUGAUGUUCGCUCAGAGGGUGAGCUUCUGAAGAAGCAGCUGGCCAGCGAACGGCAAACGGUCCACAACCUGGAGGCUCUACUCUCCAACAAUCGGCAGAAGGAGUUCCAGAGCCACCUGAGUGCCAGUGAGAAAGAGUCUGAGUUGAGGGUGCUGCGAGAACGCCUGGCACUGGCCGACAGCAAGACUGCAGGACAUGCCAGGGAGGUAUCUCAGCUCCGAGGGAGAGUGUCUCAGCUUCAGACAGAGAUGGACAUCCUCAAAAGACAGUUGACUACAGAGCGCUUUGAACGCGAGAGGGCUGUUCAGGAGAUGCGCAGACAGGGAGUUUCUUUCUUGUCGCUGCGUAGCUCCUCCCCCCUCAGCCCACGGCCCCCCUCCCCCGAGCACUCCAUCCUUCGAACCCCAGACCGCUCUGCUGAGAAGCUGCCAGAGAAAAGUGUGAGCUUUAAGGAGUAGCAGCCAAGCCAAGCAGACAAGAAAAAAAAAGAUAAAAGAUUUCCCUGGAAUUUCUCUUUCCCUGAGACACUGCUAUGCAACCCGGUAUACACACCAGACUGGCUUCAGGAUUCAACUGCAGAAGCAUCCUGGAAACCUUAGGUCCUCCUUCUGCAUUAAGUUCCAUCCACCAAAAUUAAAAUCAUGAUAUUUCAUGUAACAAAAUGAUUGCACAUAAUUUGACAUGAAUUAUCUCACCAAAUUUUUGACAUGACCUGCCAAGUGUUUUUCUUCAACGUUUGUUAUGAUGUAUUAUUUAUUGUGUAUGUAUGAUAAAAUAUUAAAUUAUUACUGAAUAAAAAGAUGAACUGGCACCCCCCUGCUGCUAUUUCUAAUGUGCUGUCUGCUUAUGGUUUGAUAGGCUCACUGAGGGGGAGGGGCAGGGGCAGAGCCUUGUAGAAGGAAACGCACCAUGUCGUCGUUUUGCACCAUGUCGCCUUUAUCCAAACGAGACAUCACUCCAUCGGAGUCUCAGCUCAGAGGGAGUGUCUCCGCUUCAGAAAGAUGGAUGUCCUCUAGAGAGUUGACUACAGAGCACUUUGAACGGUGAGGUGCUUGGUAGCCUCUCCGGACCAGUGUUGAAGACAUGUAGCAGCAGCAUGGAAAUGGCUCUUGAGAACGACUGCUUGAGAGGAAGUACAUUUUUAAAUUAUGUAAAGAAUGAUUAAAUUUAAGAGGCAGUCUUGGUCAGUUACGAUAUUCCCCUUUUUUUCUUUAAUUCCUAAAUGAAAAUUGUAAAAACAUCAUUAUUAUAAACAGGGUUGUGAAUAAAACGUUUAAUCGUACAAAAAAAUUAUCUAGUAGACUAGGUUUGAUUGUAAACUAAAAUUAAUAACAUUCAAAUGAGUGGCUGGCAGUAACCUGUUAAACGUGGCAAUUUGUACAAUUGAUUCAAGUUUUAGCGGUUUAACAUGCCGCAACUUUCAGUCUUUGGAUUAACAGACACAUUUUGUAAAAAUGUAAUGGAGGAACAAGUCAAUACAAAGACAUACUUAAAAACAUACUUCAAAAAUUCAAUGCUCAUGUGUUGUAUUUACGUAUCUACGAAUGAUUCGGAUGUCCGAUACGAGUAUGGUAUGCAUCCCUGCUGUGCCCCCAAUAUAUCCAUUAAACAAGACUCCCUCUUAAUAUAAAUUAUGGGUCUGCUACCAUUAAAUACCAGGGCAUGACAUUGAAGUAGCAAUGAUGAAUAUCUUCACUUUGGUCUACCUGCCCCCUGACGCAUCCACAGUGCGUUUACAUGACACUCAAGAAAAUCUAAUUAUUGGCUUAAUCCGACUAUUAUUGGAUUAUUCAGAUGCACGUAUACGGUUUGGUCUGACUAAAAUCAAAUCGAAUCGGGUUACCCAUAGUCGGAUUAAGACCCCUAGAUUAUUCGAUUGAUAGUCGCUAUUUAGCGUGCAUGCAUGCGUUAAAUUCGAUUGGAAUUGCAUUUUGCAUUCUGCGCAUGAUCGGGAUCUUUUCCCGGAGCCGUGAGCCGAAAGUAUAAGGAGACGAUACUUGUGUUGUCUCCAUCGGAAAACGAGAAACAGCAAUUUAUUUAAAAAGGUGGCCAAGAAGAUGGAAGAAGCUGGUGUCUUGCCAAUGUAGUUACCCCCUAUAAGUGUAUCAUCAUCAAGCAUUCAGUACACACUACACAUCUGUUACGAGAGUAGCGUAUGUGUGUACACGAGAAUGGCAGUGUGUGUGUGAGUGACCUCAGCGAGUGAGUGAAUGAGCGAGGAGAUUGAGCAGUAGCGUGUGUCAGUUUCAUGAAUUUAACGAGUCCGGUUAUGUCUGUUCAAAUGUGUACUGUAAAGUUUGUGGAACUACGAAUAAAUUACCCAGCCCUUC